AAGCCAAUCAUCAUGGCAAUCUCGAGUUCAAUUUGAAAAUAGAAACGGUGUACAACGGGAGAAGAAGACUAUCGAGUUGAACAGACUAUGCAAAGUGAAACAACACUUGUUUCGACUCCAAUUUUGAAGUUAUCAUUCCUUCGUAUUCCUUCUAUCUUUAGAAAAUCCAAGUCUACUCCAGAACCUGUGUCGAAGGAAUCUCCUUCCUUCAGAGAGGAGAAGACCACAACAACGAUAAAGGAUGUCUUCCCAGUAACUCGAUACGCCACCCAUUCUGUAAAGAAACAGCAGUCAAAGAAAGAAAAGUCGACGAGUGAAACGACUACCAUCACUACAGUACCCAAACGCAAGUCACCUCGAAAGAAGAGAAUUGACACUUCUUUUCGGGGUCUUUUACGUAACGAGAACCAAAGCAGUAGUUGCACAGAAGACAAAGUAUCUUUGGAACAUACAACGUCUCCACCAACCACUCGCGUAAAUACUGUUGAAGAAGGUGUUGCAACUGCCGCUGCGGCAAAGUUGUUGUUGGAAGCCUCACAAAGGAUGCAAGACCAAGAAAGUGUCGAUAGUCGAAUGACAAGUACUACUUGUAGUAUACCUCAUUCCUUGUCUUAUCCAACCAACCCAUGUGAACAACCGUUAUCGAAUACGAAGAGCGAAAAGACUGGUACAUAUCGAGUAGUUCUCUCAACGGAUACAGUUGAGUAUAUCCAUCAGAUUCUGAAAAGAGAAGAAGAUAUCUGUAGAUGGCAACAAGUGAUGUUGAAUUUCCUUGUUAGUAAAACGAAUACCACGAAAUCAUCAGAUUCUUCGGAGCCUAUUGGUGAUAAUGAAAUGGAACAACAACAGCCAUGGGAACAAUUGUUGCAAGAACAAAAAAAGCAACUUGUUAUCGUAAAAGAAUUGAUCGAAAAAGCUGACCUUGAGUUGGUCACAAGUGAUAGUGUAUUGGAUAAGAAGCAUUCAGAGAAACAAGAGUAGAGUUGUGUAGUCAGUUGAAAGCAAGUCUGAAUAAAAGAGCAUUCCUAGAAUGGAAGAGCAGUUUCCAUGGUUAUCAUUUU